GAUAAAGAAAAUUGACAGUAGUACGACUUUAGCUUAGCUGUCACCCAUUACAUCUUUAUCAAUCUGAUACACGCCGUGGACUUAGACACUUAGACUUCAAAUGCAAUUACAGUCUGUUGUUGUCUUAUAAAUAUUAGUCAUUUGUUGUCACCAUCUUCUUCUUCACAGCAACAUUUCAUCCUUUUACAAUCAAACCAAAACACCCAAAUGGCCGACGGAGUUCUCUCUAACGUUGUCGGAGAUAUCAUUACCAAGCUGGGUUCUCGAGCCCUUGAUGAGAUCGGAUUGUGGUGGGGCGUCAAAGGUGAGCUUAAGAAACUUGAGGCCACGGUUUCUAGUAUUCGCGAUGUUCUUCUGGAUGCUGAGGAGAAGCAGAAACUUAACCGUCAAGUGAAAGGCUGGCUUGAGAGGCUAGAAGAAGUUGUUUAUGAUGCUGAUGACUUGCUAGAUGACUUCGCCACUGAAGCUCUAAGGCGCCGAGUGAUGACUGGAAGUAGAAUGACAAAGGAGGUAUGUCUCUUCUUUUCGUCUUCAAAUCAACUUGUUUAUGGUUUUAAAAUGGGUCAUAAAAUUAAGGCGAUUAGGGAGAGGCUAGCUGAUAUUGAAGGUGAUAGAAAAUUUAAGUUAGAGGUUCGAACUGAUCAGGAGAGGAUUGCAUGGAGGGAUCAAACUGAGUCCUCUUUACCUGAAGUGGUUAUUGGGAGAGAGGGUGACAAAAAGGCAAUUACAGAACUUGUAUUGUCUUCCAAUGGUGAAGAGUGCGUUUCAGUCCUCUCAAUUGUUGGAAUGGGAGGGUUAGGGAAGACGACUCUUGCUCAAAUCAUAUUCAAUGAUGAACUGAUUAAGAAUUCAUUUGAGCGAAGAAUAUGGGUGUGUGUUUCAGAUCCUUUUGAUGUGAAAAUGAUUGUUAGAAAGAUUCUAGAGUCUGCAACAAAGAAGAAACCAGAAGAUCUUGAGUUAGAAGCAUUGAAAUCUCAACUUGGAGAAAUUAUUGAUGGAAAGAAAUAUCUGCUUGUUCUAGAUGAUGUGUGGAAUGAGAAUGGAGAAAAAUGGCAGAAUUUAAAGAGAUUAUUAGUGGGUGGCUCUAGUGGAAGUAAGAUAUUAAUAACCACUCGCUCUGAAAAGGCGGCAGGUAUAUCUAGCACAAUGGCACAACAUGUUUUGAAAGGGUUGUCUCCGGAUGAGUCUUGGUCUUUGUUUUUGCGUGUAGCACUUAAGGGACAGGUGCCAAACAAUGCAAAUGUAAGAAAGAUUGGAGAGGACAUUUUGAAGAAAUGUUGUGGAGUUCCUCUUGCUAUAAAAACUAUCGCAAGUCUCUUGUAUGAUAAAAAUCUAGAAACUGAGUGGCCGCUCUUUUUAAGAAAUGAACUCUCACAAAUAAGUCAAGAUGAUAAUGAUAUCAUACCAACACUGAAGCUAAGUUAUGAUCAUCUCCCAUCACAUUUGAAGCAUUGUUUUGCAUACUGCGCAUUAUAUCCAAAAGAUUAUGUGAUUAAUGUGAAAACAUUAAUCCAUCUUUGGGUUGCACAAGGGUUUAUUGAGGCACCAUUUACGAGUGAUCAUCUCGAGGAUAUUGGGCGUGAAUAUUUUAUGAUACUGUGGCGGAGGUCAUUUUUCCAAGAGGUGGAAAGAGAUAACUUUGGAAAUGUCAUAAUUUGUAAAAUGCAUGAUUUAAUGCACGAUCUCGCAACCACAGUCGGUGGGACGAGAAUCCAGCUAGUAAAUUCUGAUGCACCAAUUAUUGAUGAGAAGACCCAUCAUGUAGCAUUGAAUUUGAAUGUUGCAUUACAAAAAAUUUUUAAUAAUGCAAAAAGAGUACGAUCAUUUCUUUUGCUUGAGAAACAUGAUUGCAAAGAGCUGUUUAUUCAUAAAAACUUAAGGUGCUUGCGUGCGUAUCAUAUGAGAUAUUGUGGCAUUAGGUUGAGUGAUAGUGGCAUUGAAAAGGUGGAUAGUUGUAUAAAAAUGCUAAAACAUCUAAGAUACCUUGAUGUUUCUCAGAAUGGGAAACUUAUGGCACUUCCAAAUUCAAUUACGGAUUUGCUGAAUUUACAAGUAUUAAAUGUCUCUUAUUGUCACAAGCUCAAAGAAUUGCCCAAAGAUAUUAAAAAGCUUGUGACUCUUAGGCAUUUAUAUUGUGAAGGUUGUCCUUUGACUCAUAUGCCACGUGGGCUUGGGCAGUUGACUUCACUUCAGACGUUGUCAAAGUUCGUGAUGGCAAAAGGGCAUAUUUCCUCCAAGGAUGUUGGAAAAAUAAAUGAAUUGAAUAAACUUAACAAUUUGAGGGGAAGUCUUGAAAUUACAAAUCUAGGAUUUGUGGAUAAUGAGAUUGUAAAUGUUAAUUUGAAAGAGAAGCCACUCCUUCAAUCGUUGGAAUUACAUUGGGAUCAGGGUUGGGAAGUUUCAAAUGUUGAUAGAGAUGAAAUGGCAUUCCAAAAUCUCCAACCACAUCCCAAUCUUAAAGCGUUAAAUGUCCAUGGCUAUGGAGGCAGGAGGUUCCCAAGUUGGUUCUCUUCCCUCACGAAUCUUGUCAAGGUCGAUAUAUGGCGUUGGAAGAGAUGUCAGCAUCUCCCACCAAUGGAUCAAAUCCAUUCUCUUCAACGUCUAGAGAUUGGGGCAUUAGGUAAUUUAGAAUACAUGGAGAUUGAGGGACAACCAACAUCAUUCUUUCCAUCCCUAAAGUUUCUCAGGCUAUGUGGUUGUCCUAAGCUUAAAGGAUGGCAGAAGAAGAGGGAUGAUUCGACAGCACUUGAGCUACUCCAAUUUCCUUGUCUUUCAUAUUUCUUUUGUGAUAACUGCCCGAAUUUGACCUCCAUCCCUCAGUUUCCAUCUCUCGAAGAAUCACUAUAUUUGGAGAAAGCAAGCCCACAACUUGUGCACCAAAUAUUCACACCAUCAAUCUCUUCUUCUUCCUCGAUCAUUCCUCCUCUCUCUAAAUUGAAGCACCUUUCGAUUAGGGACAUUGAAGAGCUCGAAUCUCUACCUCGAGAUGGACUGCGGAAUCUCACUUGUCUUCAAACACUAACCAUUGGUACUUGUCCGGCAUUGAAGUGUCUGCCUCAGGAGUUGCAUUCCCUCACCUCUUUACGAACAUUGAGUAUCGUGGACUGUCCCCAAUUGAAGGAAAGAUGUGGAAAUAAAAAGGGUGCGGAUUGGGCUUUCAUUUCUCACAUCCCAAAUGUUGUAUUUCACUGGAACCAGAAAUUCUAAUAAAUUGGGAAGUGAGAAACAAAUUCAAAGAGAUUUUAAAUGCAUUGGCAGAAGUUUGAGUGCACCAUGUUGAAACCUUAUUUAAUUAAAGGAGAAUUCUGGGUGCAUAUGUUCUUGCCAUCAAUGGCUCAUCAAGUAUGAGGAAUCACAUGGAUGCUUGGCAGGUCAUGCUUCUAAGUUCUCUCCAUUUUAUUUUUAUGAUUAUUAUUGUUUUAUAAUUUUGCCUUCCUUUGAAUUUCACAAAAUUUAAAGAUUAAUUUGAUUCCAUGUGCAGAAGUUAUUAGAACAGACAUUAAGAAACCACAACUACAUGCCAUGGCAACAAUUACUUGACUGGCUUUGCACAGAAGAAUUUCCACACAUUGCACGACUACUUUGAGAGUGUCGCCAAAAGAUUCAUACAAAGGUGCUUCUCAAAAACACGAGUUUAGAAUUGUGAGAGAAACUUCUCACUCAGAUUCUUUGUACUAAAAACACAAUGAAAGUACAAAGAAUCAGGCACUAAAAACACAAUGAAAGUACUCCCUUUCUUCCAUCUUCAAAAAACAAGCUAUACAGUAAGUUAUUUCAAACCAAGCCGAAGAUGGUGGAGAUUCACUAAGCUAUGCAGGUCGUGUCCUUGACAUACUGGAAUUAAAGCUCGCAGGGACAAGUUUCUUAUCUGUCACAGUUUAGAAAACAACUCAAUAGUUGCGAAGCUGAAUGAUGGAGUUUUGCGUACUUCUUUGAAUGACAUGCUCUAUCUGUUUCUUUCAUCCAACAUGCAAUACUCAAAGUUACCCAUGCUGCAAUUUGUUUCUAAUAUCUCUGAUUUUAAGUAGUUUUCCUAAUAAUGUGUUCAUUCAAUGCAAAUAACAUCAUUUUCCCUUUUUUCCUAAUUAAGAAAUCAGUUUUGGUUAUAAA